AUGGUAGGAAGUGUCGAUGCCGACCACGCCGAUCCCAACGAUCCCCCAGACUGGCGAGCCGAAAUCAAAGCAUUCCUCACCAACAGAAUCGCACCGGACGACCCAACCGAGGCCAAACGGUUGAGAACUCAAGCCAGCAGAUAUGUCGUCAUCGCUGCCGGCGUAGGAAUACAGCACAAGACUACUUCGAUCGAGCACCACCAGACAAAAGGCCAAGCCGAGUCCGCCAAUAAAGUCAUUUUGAAGGAGUUGAAGAAGCGGCUAGGAGAAGCAAAGGGAGCAUGGGCCGAGCAAUUGCCCGAGGUGUUGUGGGCUUAUAGGUGCACACCCCAGUCAACUACGCAAGAAACCCCUUUUUGCGUAGUAUAUGGGUCGGAUGCGAUGAUCCCGGUGGAAAUCAGAGAACCAUCAUUCCGCCGAGCCCACUUCGAUGAAGCAAGCAACGAGGUCGAGCUCCGAACAAACCUGGAUGUGGUGGAAGAGUUUCGAGACUGA